UGGGGAGACUUAAAUACGGGAUAGCGACGUGGAUGGAUUUAGGGAUUUCGUGGAAAAGAGACGUGCAGGUAGUGAGCGGUUUUGAGGGGAAAGGGCAUAACAGUUCACUGAGACACUGGGCAAAGAAUCGUGGGCUUAGUGUAGGGUGGGUUGAGGCGUGAGUAUUAGUGGGUGCUCGGAACGCAAAACACAGAGUCAGGCAUUCAUAAGGAUGCACAAUGAGGUUUAUUUUGAGUGUUGAACAAUCCAACUUGGUGCCAGUGGAGUGAGUGGGAGAAGCGAGAAGCGUGUGAGGCACAUGCAGUACGAACACAACUUCGGGCAAAGGUACACAAUAAACUCGUGAGAGCAGCGAAGAGAUACCAACCAGGCACACUCCGUUGUGGGGCAAAGGUUAAAGACCAGGACGGAAAGAGUAAAUUAUUUAAGGAUUUGAAGUGGAGUAAACAUCGCAUUAUAAGCUUCUUACAGAGCAGAUACGUUUGAGAAAAUACGUACCCAUCGCUAUCGAGGCAAACCAACACUGACUUCAUAUAAAUGAAGUAACGUCAUCAAUCGCAUUGAUUUUAGGAUAAAGAGGGCAGAGAUGGUCCAGACGAGCCAGUUUGGGACCUGGGACUAUGUUGUAUUUGCCCUCAUGCUGGUAAUUUCAGCUUGUAUAGGUUUAUAUCAUGCUCUGGCAGGUGGUGGACAGAACACCUCAGAAGAUGUCCUUUUGGGCAGAAGGCAGCUAUCACCAUAUCCAGUGGCUUUGUCUUUAGCAGCAAGUUUUCUCUCUGCAAUCGCUGUAAUUGGUCUCCCAGCUGAAAUCUACAUGUACGGGAUGAUGCAUGUGCUCAUGGGCAUCGCCUGGAUUUUUGCAAUCUCAGUCACAGCAUUCAUCUAUAUCCCACUUUUCUACCGUCUCCAGCUCUCCAGCAUAUAUAAGUACCUCGACACCAGGUUCAACCAAGCGGUGCGAUAUGGAGUGGUGUGUGCUUAUUUCAUGUACAUGGUGCUGUAUUUGGGGAUGGUCACAUAUGCACCUUCCCUAGCGCUCAGUCAAGUAACUGGCCUGAACAUCUGGGUGGCAAUCAUGUCCACGGCACUUGUUUGCAUCGCCUAUACUGCAUUUGGUGGUAUUCGGGCUGUGGUGUGGACAGAUGUGUUCCAGGCAGCUGUCAUGUUGGCUGGCCUGUUGGCUGUGCUGAUCCAGGGUUCUCUACGCCUCGGAGGCUUCUCCAACGUGUGGAGCGUCGCUCAGGCAGGCGGGCGCACAAACUUCUGGAACUUUGACGCUGACCCAAGGAAGAGGCACACGUUUUGGACAAUUGUGGUUGGGGGCACAUUCAGCUGGACGUCGACGUACAGCUGCAACCAAACGCAGGUGCAGCGCUACUUGGCAUGCCGGACUGAGCGAGAUGCCAUCAAGGCGGUGUUCCUGAACCUGUUGGGCAUGUGCGUGCUGCUCGUUGUGGGGGAUUUGUGUGGCCUGGUGAUGUAUGCCUGGUAUUCCGACUGUGACCCUUUGAAGGCAAAUAGAGUGGAAAACUCUAAUCAAUUGAUGCCUUUCUUGGUAAUGGACCUCUUAGGAGAUCUGCCUGGACUGCCAGGUCUGUUUGUAGCAAGUGCAUACAGUGCAACAUUAAGUACAAUUUCAUCUGGAAUCAAUUCCAUGUCGGCUGUUGUGGUUGAAGACUUUCUCAAGCCAUUCUGGGGAGGCUGGCAAGACAUCAGCUUAAAGAGACGGGCACUCAUCUCAAAACUGCUGGCUGUGUUCUUUGGUUUGAUCACUAUUGGUGUGGCUGGUGUUGCAUCGCUGUUGCAAGGAAACAUCAUACAGGCAUCCCUCAGUUUUGCUGGGAUCAUUGGUGGUCCUGUUCUAGGAGUCUUCACUCUGGCUGCUCUGUUGCCAUUUGCCAACUCCAAGGGUACAUUUGUAGGGCUCAUCACAGGACUGGUCCUAUCUCUCUGGGUUGGUCUUGGUGGUCAAAUCUACCCACCCACUGCUGAAUUCACCGACAUUCUGGACAUGAGCGUGGCUGGAUGUUCACUCAAUACGACCAACAUCACAGACAUUGGCCAAUACAGCACAAUAGCCUCCCUUGUGAGCACUGCCAACCCAUCAAAUGAAAGGCCGACAAUUGCAGACACAUUCUACUCCAUCUCCUAUCUACACUACAGCCCAAUAGGUUGGCUGGGAACUGUGCUUGUGAGCGUUGUGAUAAGCCUCGUAACAGGAGGAAAUUCUAAGCGCCACAUUGAUCCAACGCUCCUCGCUCCCAUCUACCACAAAGCUCGCGAGGCCCUGUCCUGCUGCUUUGGCAGUGGAGAUCAGCUGAAGAAAAACUGCGUUUUUGAAAACAAUGAAGAGAAUCGUCAAAAGAAGAAUUCUCUUGACAAAUACAGUGACAUUUGGACUUCAGAUACCACCAUUGUCUCUUCAUAUCUGUAAUAAAAUGUGUAGCUACAGAUAACGAAUCAAAUUGAUUCUUACGUUAUGGCUCUUGAAUACUUUUGAGGUGCAGCUAUGGAAAAGCCAACAAAGUCCUUUGCAUGGGACAUCCAAUUCAGUAAUGCUAUCAGAGAACAAUAAAGUUAUCUUUCAGUGUGACCGAGUUCGUGAACACAUCGUCACCGACACGAAAGGCCAAAAGAAUGGUAUAAAGUCCAAGAAUGUUACCUCACCCCAAGACCGACUACCAAACGGGCACUCACCACCAACAGCUUAUUUUGGUUAGAAAUGUCUGCUCCAACAUGAAACAAUCGUGGACUUGGUCAUGUGAAGUGUGUAUUCAUAAGUGACCACAUAAACCCAAUGCAAAACUUCUGGUUCAUGCAUUUAUUUACAAACACAACUUAUAUGAAAAAUGCAUGGAAAAAAAUGUAUCAUUUGAAUCUUAUCUAGUAAUGAAAUAGGUUUGUAUACCUAAACAUUCAUGUGGUCAUUAACAUAAACAUCCUUAGAUAUUUCGGAUAUUGGUUAUACGAAUGUUAAUAUUAUCGGAUGUAUCAAAUCGAAAUUGUAUACUAACGGAAUCUUGUUAAAAGCAGAGACAUAACAUAACCUGCACCUGAACUACUUAAUAUUUUGAUCGUAUAACCUUAGUACCUUUUACAAAAUGAUAGAAAUUGAAUAAAAUACCAUUAUGCAACAAUUA